GGGUCAGAUUUCCAGAGGAGUGCGACCCCUGACCCGCUGACGAACGUCCUGUUUGUGCGCAGCCUGCGCGCGCCCGCUGCUCUAAACACACAACACCAGCACGCGACCGCUGGCAGAGGCCGAUCCGCAUUAUCUACAAAUCAUCUGCCGAGCUGUGGGAAGUCCAACAAGUUAUGCCUCCCUAAUAUCUCAGCAUCCUUCCCAGCAGUAGGAAAAAAGGAGAAGCUAAACAAGCAAAAGUUUUCCUCUGACUCGCGAAAAGAGGAGUCGACAUGGAUGAAAAGGAGCUGUUUGUGUGAAUAAGACUGACGAAAACAUUCUUCACACGGUAAAAGAAUGAUAACAUAGCUAACACUUUGCGUUGUUUUGUAUGAGAGGACACGAAAACCUCAACUGUGGGAAAGUUUGAAGCAGGGACUGGCUAUGGCGCGGGAGACCGAAGACCCUGGGAUGGCCAAAGCUUCAAAAGUCAAAAGGCAAAGAAAGAAGAAAACCAAGGAGAACAAAACCCGGAUUGUCCACGCAAACAUACUGUAUGAUCACGCCAAAAGGGAGGAAAACCCAAACCGACACUAUGCAAAUAACAAGAUUAAGACGACCAAAUACACUGUGCUGUCUUUCCUGCCAAAGAAUCUUUUUGAACAGUUUCAUAGGUUUGCCAAUGUUUAUUUUGUUUUCAUCGCUUUGCUGAAUUUUGUUCCAGUUGUUAAUGCCUUUCAGCCAGAACUUGCUCUGGCUCCUGUAGUGUUCAUUUUGUCUGUCACUGCCAUCAAAGACUUAUGGGAGGACUACAGGAGACACAGGUCGGAUAAAGAAAUCAAUCACAUGGAUUGUCUGGUGUACAGCAGAGCGGCGCGACGCUAUGUGGAGAAGUACUGGAAGGAGGUGUGGGUGGGAGACUUCAUCAGGCUGCGAUGUAACGAGAUCCUCCCCGCCGACGUUCUGCUGCUGAGCACCAGUGACCCGGACCGCCUGUGCCACAUCGAGACCGCCACACUGGACGGAGAGACCAACCUCAAGCAGAGGCAGGUCGUCCGCAGCUUCUUUGACCUGGAUUGUGAUUUUGACCCUUUAAAGUACAACAGCAUAAUUGAAUGUGAAAAGCCCAACAAUGACCUGAACAGAUUCCGAGGCUACAUAAUCCAUCGAAGUGGCAGAAGAGAUGCACUUUACAAAGAUAACCUGCUGCUGAGAGGCUGCACCAUCCGCAACACGGAAGAGGCUGUGGGAAUAGUCAUUUACGCAGGUCACGAGACCAAAGCCAUGCUAAACAACAACGGCCCGCGCUACAAGCGCAGUAAACUGGAGAGACAGAUGAAUGUAGAUGUGUUCUGGUGUGUCAUCAUUCUGCUGGUCAUGUGCCUGUUUGCUGCUGUUGGUCAUGGGCUGUGGAUGUUUCAGUACGGAGAUAAGAGACCUGUGUUUGACGUUCUUAGUCCAGAGGGGACAGACUUAUCACCCAUCAUGUCCGCUAUUUAUCUCUUCCUUACUAUGAUCAUCGUCUUUCAGGUGCUGAUACCCAUCUCCCUUUUUGUGUCGAUCGAGAUUGUCAAGAUCUGCCAAGUGUACUUCAUCCAUCAGGACAUGGAUCUGUAUGAUGAGGAGACAGACUCUCACCUGCAGUGCAGAGCUCUUAAUAUCACUGAGGAUCUUGGCCAGAUGCAAUACAUCUUCUCUGACAAGACAGGCACACUGACAGAGAACAAGAUGGUGUUUCGCCGCUGCACUGUGGCAGGGGUGGAGUACUCCCAUGAUGCCAAUGCUAGAAGACUUGCUAUGUACCAGGAGAUGGAUUCGGAGGAAGAAGAGUGUACGUCUCACGGUGGCACCCUGCCCAGGCGGGACAGUGUGACCAGCCACCAGAGCGCCCGGGUGGUGCUGCGUUCCCAGAGCACAAAGUCCCACCGCAGGACGGGCAGCAGGGCGGAGGCCAAGCGAGCCAGCAUCCUGUCUAAGCACACGGCCUUCAGCAGCCCCAUGGAGAAAGAUAUCACCCCCGACCCCCAGCUCCUAGACAAAGUCAAUGAAUGCAGCAGUCAGAUGGACUUCAUGCGCUUUCACAACCAGCCCAUGUCCCAGCUGCCCUCUGAUCUCGCUGACAUCAUUGAUUUCUUCAUCGCUCUCACCAUCUGCAACACGGUGGUGGUGUCCUCCCCCAACCAGCCCAGGCAGAAGGUCCGGAUGAGGUUUGAGCUGAAGUCCCCAGUUAAGACCAUCGAGGACUUCAUUAAACGCUUCACCCCCAGCCGACUGACAUCAGGCUCCAACAGCAGCAGCUCCUCCAGCCUCAUCACCAACCGCUCCUCCAACAAGGGAUGCUCCAGCUUGCUGCCCUCCCCCUCUGCAGAGAGCACGCUAACCAAACUGGACGAGGAGCAGCCUCCUGGAGGCCUGGAGCGCACCUUCAGCCCCGUCCCGCCCUGCUACGACGGGAAGGCUUGGAACCUUGAGGAGGGCGAACUGCGCUAUGAGGCCGAGUCGCCCGACGAGGCUGCACUGGUCUACGCUGCCAGGGCCUACAAGUGCUCCCUCGUGGGACGCCUCCCUGACCAGGUGACUGUGGAACUGCCACACCUGGGGAAGUUGACCUUUGAGCUGCUGCACACUCUGGGCUUUGACUCCACCAGGAAACGCAUGUCCGUGGUGGUUAGACACCCUCUGAUGGAUCAGAUCACUGUCUACACUAAAGGAGCAGACUCUGUCAUCAUGGAUCUUAUCAAACCCCCUGACACAGGAAACUCCAAAGGGAAACGCCAGAAAAAGAUUGUCAACCGGACCCAAAAUUACCUGAACCUGUAUGCUGCAGAUGGCCUUCGCACACUGUGCAUUGCAAAAAAGAUUCUGAGCAAGGAGCACUAUGCCUGCUGGCUGCAGCAUCACCUGGAGGCUGAGACGGCCAUCCAGGGAAGAGAAGAGCUGCUCUUUGAGUCGGCCCUGCGACUGGAGACAAACCUCCAUCUUCUGGGAGCGACGGGCAUUGAGGACCGGCUGCAGGACGGUGUACCUGAAACCAUAGCUUCUCUGCGGAAGGCCGGCCUGCAGAUAUGGGUGCUGACAGGUGACAAACAGGAGACGGCUGUCAAUAUUGCAUAUGCCUGCAAGCUGCUGGACCCUGAGGAGGAGAUCCUGACGCUGAAUGCUGAUUCUCAGGAGGCGUGUGCGUUGUUGCUGGAGGAGAGUUUACACUACAUCCAGGCCAAAUUCCUCUGCAGCUCUACAGACCACACCGCCAAGGCCUUCCACAAUAACUUUGCACCCUUUGAGAUCUAUCCCUCUUCAUCUCCGUCCUCAUCCUCCCACACCGCUCCCUUCAUGGUGCAUCAGCUGGGCCUGGUAAUUGACGGGCGGACCUUGGCCUAUGCCCUGGAUAAGAGUUUGGAGGAUAAGUUUCUGGCUGUCGCGCGGAGCUGUCGUUCAGUGCUCUGCUGCCGCUCCACGCCGCUGCAGAAGAGCAUGGUGGUCAAACUGGUGCGGAACAAGCUGAAGGUCAUGACUCUAGCAAUAGGUGAUGGGGCCAAUGAUGUCAGCAUGAUCCAGGUAGCGGACGUGGGCGUGGGUAUCUCGGGACAAGAGGGCAUGCAGGCGGUGAUGGCGAGUGACUUUGCCCUCCCACGUUUCCGGUAUCUCCAGAAACUCCUGCUGGUCCACGGACACUGGUGCUACUCCCGACUGGCUAACAUGAUUCUCUAUUUCUUCUACAAGAAUGCUAUGUUUGUAGCGCUCAUCUUCUGGUAUCAGUUCUACUGUGGAUUCUCAGGUUCAGCCAUGAUUGACCAGUGGUAUCUUAUCUUCUUCAACCUGAUGUUCUCCGCCUUCCCACAACUCAUCACUGGCACUCUGGACAAAGACGUGUCAGCAGAGACUCUCCAACAACUACCUCAGCUCUAUGUGAACGGCCAGAACUCCGAGGAAUAUAAGCCAUAUAUGUUCUGGAUGAACAUGAUUGAUGCCUUCUACCAAAGUCUGGUCUGCUUCUUCAUUCCUUACUUUGCCUAUGCUGACUCUGACGUGGAUCUGUUUACAUGGGGAACUCCCAUCACCACCCUCGCUUUAUUCACCAUUCUGGUGCACUUGGGCAUUGAGACCAAAACCUGGACCUGGAUGAACUGGCUGUCUAUCGCCUUCAGUAUAGCCUUAUUCUUCACAGUGGCUCUGUGUUACAAUGCCUCCUGCCCCACCUGCUACUCUCCCUCUAACCCCUACUGGGCCAUACAGAGGCUGCUGCAGGACCCCCUCUUCUACCUGCUCUGUGUCAUCACGCCUGUAGCAGCACUCCUGCCCAGAUAUUUCUACAGGGCGUGUCAAGGCACACUGUUUCCCAGCCCGGUCCAAGUUGGAAGACAGUUGGAUAAACUCCCUGCUGAAACCCGCAGGAACAUCCUCAGCCUCAGCAGGGUCAAGGUGGGGUCACCACUCAGCCCCAAGCCUCCCUUCCUGUCCCUCAGUAAGCCCUCCCCUAAAGGUUGCAAUAAAAAAGACCAGAGGAGCUUCCCUACCUCCAAGACAUCACAGCAGCCCAUUUUACAAACAGAUGAACAGGGCCAGAGAAGCCCGCUGGGGCCCACAGACAAUGAGAAGGGCCUCUCAGAUGUCUACACAUUAGUUCCUACAGAAAUAGACACUCUUCCUUACACCAAAGACGCUCCUCCGCUCUCGGGGGAGCCGCAGCCCCCUUCCACCAAAGACUCGGAGUGUCUUGAUAAGACUAUAGAGGCGUCAGAUCUGAGUCUGUCCAGCUGGCUCACCUCCACGCCUCUGCUCACACAGACAGACAGCGUCCAGCUGAACCUGCCUCCUGACGGAGACUCCCAGUGUGUCAAAUACACAAGGAACUCAGAGGAAAGACUCAAGUCUGACCACACCGUUCAUCCAGCACAGAGGACAGAGCAGGUGGCAGAACAGCCGCUGCACACCACCUUGUGAUGUCUUACAGUCUUAAGUAUGUUACUCAAACUCCAAUUUGCACGAUAGUUUUUUAAUCUAAUUUUAUUUUAUUUUCCGAGGAGAUUCUUUUAUAAAAGAUACAAAUAGGUACUUUAUAUUUUGGAUGUUUAAAGCUUGAGAUAUUUUCGAGGCGUGGGAGAUGGAAAAACUGGAAUAUCUCCCGUUUGUUUUUUUUAAUUCUGGGAAAAAUUUUUCCCAACUAUGCAUCUCAGUACUUGAUCAGGUUUUAAUGUAAGGAAGAGCAGAGUAGAGACAUUCCACUGCUGGCUUAUUUGGGAGGUUGUUUUCUCUUUCUGAAAUGGUACUCUGUUCAUUCUUUCAGAUUCGCCUGUAAAUGCAUUAAGACCUGGAUCAGAUGCCACUGCGGCCUUGAAUCAGUGUAGAUAAUCCUGAGAGGAGUCAUUUUAUAUGUUUUAAAUCCCCACAGAAACUUGUUUCAGUGCAUAUUAUCAAAGAGUUUUAUCUUUACAUAAAUCAGCAAAUAGUGGCAUUGGCUCAGUGCACAUUUCAGUCUUGUUGCUGGAUUUGCAAAAAAAGUUUUGCUAAAUUUUAAAGUGUGUUUAUAGCUGUUGUCGCAUAGUACAUUCCACUGAAUAAUUAUGAGAGCUGUUGACUUUAAAAUAUAAUCAUUACGAGAACUCACCAAGAAAUUGGAAAUUGUAGUGUCAGGCUUAAUACAGCAAGAAUCUACCAGAAAUGAUGCUCUGUGUGUGUGUGUGUGUGUGUGUGUGUGUGUGUGUGUGUGUGUGUGUGUGUGUGUGUGUGUGUGUGUGUGUGUGUCCACUGACUCAUUGGAUCUGUUUUAACAGUGCCAACAAGUUUCACAUUAAUAGAAUAGUUUGGCAUUUUUGGCAAAUGAGUUUAUUUGCUUUCUUACCAAGAGGUACAUGAGAAGAUUGAUACCAUUGUCAUGUCUGUCUGUUAAAUAUGAAGCUAAAGUCAGGAGACAGUUAGCGUAGCUUAGCAUAAUUGAUAUGUUAUCUUUUUCGUUUGUUUAAUCCGUACAAAAACGUGAGUCUCGCGUCACCUCAAGGUUGCCAAGCAACCAGCGGAAACUCCAGGAAGUCACUGCUCCUGACCAAGAAGUAGUCCAGCAUAAAACCCCUGAAAAAAACACAAAAUGUUUAGUUUUUACACUCCAGUUUUUGUAUGGAUUAAACAAAAGAGAUACCAUGAGAAAGCGAGGGUCAUUUCAGAAGCAUUUUUUGUUGUAUUUGUUGAAAUUGUCUUUAUAUCCCGACAGCAAUCAAUAAAUCAAAUGUGGCUGUCGCAGGGCUGUAAUAAGCCCAUCCAUUGGCUGGCCUACCAGCCCCCCUGCGCACACUCUGCCCGUGCACUCAUUGCACAUGAAAAUGUGUUUUGGGGGAGCAGCUUUGGAGGGAGGCUUGAAGGGAGGGGGUGGGAUUUUUUUGGUUGGAUACUUUAAAAAUCUAGCUGUCUCUUGCUAGUUUCUCCAACGUUACCUACCCCUAGCUUUCAUUUGGGAGCUUUACAAGUGCUAGUGAGCAGAUGUUAUUACCUUUGGACAGAGCCAAGCUAGCAGUUUCCCCCUGUUUUCAGUCUUUAUGCUAAGCUAAGGUAACAGGCUCCUAGCUGUAGCUUCAUAUUUGGUGUACAGACAUUGGUAUCAAUCUUCUCCUCUGACUCGCAGUGAGAAAGCAAAUAAGUGUAUUUCCCAAAAUGUUGACCUAUUCCUUUAAGCACUGUACAGUAGAUUGACAACAAGCUACCAUCACAUUUCAUAAACAAGUUUACUUGAAGGUCCUUUUUUAACAGUUUAUUUCACGUGCUGAGUUUAUCUCAGCCCAGUCCAGUUCUGUUCUGCAGGUGCUCGGCUGUAAACCAAAAGCUCAAUGGUGAAAGAAGGUCUUUCCCAAAUGUAAAAGAUGCGGCUUUAAGAUUUAAAUUUGCACUUUGAAAGCAUUAUUUUAGAAUUGCCAUUGAGUAUUGUUGGUGCUGGUGGCAUGUUCCGUGCUCAGAUACAGUAUGAAAAGUUUUAUUCCUUUCACACUUUUGAAAGGAAUCAGUUUUAUCAUGCAAAACUAACUAGUAAAAGUAUGGAAUAUUGGAAACAUGCUAUAGUUUGUUCACUUGUUAAGCAUUUAAAGCAGCAGCACCUUUUUAAUAUUUUAUGAUUGUUGUAUCUCUUGUCAUUUUUGUAAAGUGUAUCAUUUACCAAAGAUCAUUUAUAUUUCUGUAUUUUCUAAGCAAUAGUAUGUGCCUUAACACUGGAUAAGAAAUUACAAAUCUAAGUUUUCUUAUGAUGCUGAAGCUGUAUUUGUUUAAAGAUGACGAUGCAUCUUGAGGAGCAUUUUGUGUUGGUGUAGAUGAUAUAUCUGGGGCUACAUGCUAAGUGGUUUCUUCCCCCCUGUCUGUUUUUGCCCACGGUGCCUUUUUCUGGCAUGUUGUUCACAUUCUGACUCUGCAGUCUGUCCACUUUGUUUUAUACUGUAGGUUCUGUCUGUUCUGUUUUUUGCAUCACACUUUAAGUGCCAGAAUGAAGCUUGAGCGUAUUCACUGCUGAAUUCCAACAUACCCACUUUCACAAAUUCCUCACAGGAACAUUCGCUCUCACCGCACACGGCCUUCAACAUAUCUGAGCUCGAUUUGUUGAUUUUUUAUUUUUUUAUUUGAAUUUUGGUUACAAGGUUGGCCUACUGUAUAAGUUCCACAUCUUAUAUUGUAGAUGCAGCUCUCGUAGCGGGAAAUUAUCUGCUGUUAAAUCACUGCGUUCAGUGUCAUUCAAGGCAUUAAUCUAUAUAUUUAAUAGAACCAUGGUCACACAAAGUUCUAGCCUCUCUGGAAACACUGAAGAGCUCCGGCCCAGAACAGCAGCAUCUUGGAAAAACUAUAUUUUAAGUUUUGUUCGGAUAUUUGUUCGGAAAUUUUUCUUAUCAGUUCUGUCAUUUGAGUAAUUUGAAAUUACUUGCACCAUGGCUACUUGUGAACAAAAUAAAAAUUAUAAUAAUAAAAGAUUUA